GCUAGUAAACCCUUUUCGGAAGUAGUGCGGGGUCGGAGAUUAUCGGCUCAGCUUGAUCUACUAGGUCUCUCCGAGUCGUUACACGUCCAACUUCAUCCAACGGCAUUAGCAAUGGUUACCCCUAACGAGCUCGUAAUUGCAAAUUAUCUAAGGAGCAUUGAUUUGCGAACCAUCCUAAAUUCAAAGGAUCUAAGACAAGCUUUUCUAGCACUGUCACAAAGUGCUUCUUCUUGCGAUCGUGAGGCUUUUGUUCAGCUUCUUCAAGCCGACGAAUCCCGGCGGCCACGGACCCCUCCACCGGAUCCUCCUUCAGAUGAAUUGAAUAUCGUUCAGCAUUCAGAUGAUUAUCAGCACGACACGAGUGGGAGCACGGGCGCUCUACCCGAUAUUGGAAGGGAGUCAUGGAGGCUCAACUUUUCAAAACCUAAAGGCCUGCAAGAUAUUGACAAGAGAAUAAUAUCUUUCGUUGAGUCGCAUGAGAAAGAUAAAAUUAUAAGGAAUAGGCUUAUUCGAAUACUGCACCAGCUGACAGGACAAACAAAAACAUUUGACAACUACGCCGAUAUCUGGGCAGGAGAUCAACCAAUAUAUGCGUCGGUCAAGGGUUCGCGAAUCUUUAAUUCAGUCUCCGCAUUGCGACUUCAUCGGAUUGUGCAGGCCCAACGCAAAGCCGAGAAAAGCAAAAAACUCAAAGAGUGCGAAAUACGACUCAAUGCGCUAUAUUUCCUCCAUGAGUAUGAGCUGAAUGCAUCUCCUAAGCGGAGAUUCAACCUUCCUGCACCAAAUGACAACGCGUGGCUUCAGGAGAAAGCCUUAGAAUUAGGUGAAGAGAAAUCAUACCUAAUCCGUCUGCUUGAGAGAGCGCGAAGUUAUCAGACUUUUGCUGCAGUAUGUGGUAACGUUGAGCUUCUAGAGCUGUCACACCUCUCCAAUAAUGAGUGAGGAGGCCCUUAUGUCGUUGGAUGGGGUAUUUUCACUAACUAUGCUUAGCUGGAAAUGGAGAUUAAACAGAGCCUGGGCAGAACUCAUCACCAAUUUCUAUAAAGACAAUUAUGCAGAGGUUUACGAACGUCGUCGGGGUUUCGAUCUUGAAGCUUCACGCGCGCU